CGAACUCCCCGGUCGACUACUGCCGAGUCCGGUCCCAGGCAGAGCUGAACCCAGCCGUACCAUUUUGCUACCUCAGGCAACAGUCGUGGCUUUUUUGACAUCCUCAACUCUAAGCCGCAUUUUGGAGAACUUAAGACGUGUGUUCGAUCAUAGCCACGACCAGGGCAGACCUAUGGGUCAAUGAGGUUGACGAUGGCGAUAGAGUAACACCUCAGAUCGAGGCCACCACCACAAUCCGACCGGCUGAAGAGCCGCAACGGAUGUAGCCAUCAAUCAGACGUUGAAGCUAGCCGAUAGUGUGCGUUUCCGAUAGAAAGCCAUACGGUCUGCAGGGUUAGACCUGCGGAAGAUCCAUGUCAGGUACGGUUGAGAUAUGCGUGGUUGGAUAGCCAGAGUGGCACAUGCGUCUACCAUCUUGCUUGACUCUAUGCAGUGAAAUAGUGAAGGAAUUCCAGGGAAUGACAGGGAGAGGGCAACAUUGCCUCGCUUCACCACGCAUUACCAUACGAUGCCUUGUCUCUUGGCCAAAUCAAGGACAUAAUUGUUGCCCUCUCCUGGAUCUGUACUCCAGCACUCCGUUCACCUUCCGACAUGUAUGAUAUUUCGAGGGUUGCAGCGGGACACGAACGGUUUACCAUGCGUGUUAUGAUAGGUUUAUUGCCAUUUCAAAUCGAAUGCUCGCAAUGGCUUCAUAAUGUCGGGAAGUGUCGUCAACGCUUGAUCGGUUGUGUCAAUCGGACUUUCUUGACGUCGAAAAGAUCAAGUUGGGCAGGUUCGACACAGCACAACUUCCGGUUUCUUCAGCACAUGAUUGCGCCCCUCGAUCGACCUGCACUGGUCGUCAGAGUUCAGAUUUCGGGCCGAGUUGAGAGCGGGGCCAGGGAGAGGGUUUGGUGAUGGCUUGCCAGUAUGAAGCCAAUAUAAGUGUCUCAACACCAUGGAGACGUGCCUGAAUGGACGUAUACCUGAAUAGACGGGGCAGGCGACACAGCUCCCUCUCUCCGUCCAAUAACGCUACUUUGCAUGUGCAGGAUCACCUCAAUCAAAAGCCAUAGACUUAUCCAUGCUGCCUUGAGCUGCGUUCGUGUGGCUUGUCGCUCGACUCAGAGCCAUGCCGUCGAAGACAUAGAAGAAGCUCCGUCAUUCUUUCAGGGCUCGGAUCGCUCUUAGUGUCAAUUCAACCAGAGACAAUCAUCAUUCCUUCA